UAAUAGCGGUCUGGGUGCGAGUUGACUUUCUAAAGACUUUGAGUGAAAGUACCUCCGCAUUUUCCGGCUAACGUGUGUGUACAAGACGAGCGCUCCCAGAGCGUGGUCUGCGCAAGCGCCGUCGCUGUGUUUUCAUUGGUGAGUUGGAGGUCUAGUCGCACUGACUGACAGAGGGAAGUUGUGUCUGGGAAAACAGCGGCUAGCAUCACAGUUCACGAGUGAAACAGUUACAUGUUAGCGACGUUAACGGAAAAUAUCCGGUAAUUCGAUGCCGUACACCGCUGAAGACGCGAUAAACUAAAAGGACAAACGUUACUUUUGUGUGAGGCAACGAUGUCUGUCCCGGCAGGAGAGGGAUGAAGAUGACACAACUAUUGUGGCGAAGUGUGUCAGUGUGGCUAUGUGUAGCGAUACUCUUUUGCAGGUCUCUUAGCGGCCAUGUUGGAUCCACUGAGCCACAGCCGGAGGCUCAGGAGCAUGUGUCCUCCCAGGAUAUCAAGGCAAAGGAGGAGUCAUGGAAUAAGAGCCCACACGAGAAGAAUGAGGAAAACUGGGGUCUACCUGCACAGUACAUUUCAGAAAAUGGGAAACUGGCUGGGGAUCAUCACCAUAACGAAGAGCAGCUGACAGAAGAGGUGGGAAAUGUGGAGGCCUCUGGACCCGAUGUGCCUGCUGCAGGAGCGCAGCCGACGGAUGACAGAAGAAUUUCAUACCCUGAGCAGAUCUCUGAACAUCAACAACCAGAAACAUCUGCAUCUCAAGAGCUGGACUCUGAACUCCCACCACCUCCCACAGACUCCCUCUCUGUUGUUUCUGCUCCGUACAAAGAUGAUCCCAGCAUAAACACUAUUCAAGAGGACGUCACAAACAGGCAUGCUGCCAUUACCUCUACCUUUAAUGGCAUUUUUACACAGAAAGAUGCGCCUGAAGCUGCUGCUCCUGAGGCCGCUGAUUUCGAAGUGCUUCCAGCUGACUGUGGAGAAGACGAGGACAACCCAUAUGAUGAUGAUGAAAGCAGCCCUCCAAUCGUGCUGGAGAACACUUCCAACGCUCACACCACAGGUACUAAAAGCGAAGUCGUGCCCCCCCUGAGUUCCCCAGCCGUUCACAGCGGGAAGCAUCUGGAAGCCAACGCGUCGCACGCGCUGAAAGAGCAGGACUCGAGCUCCGCCGUCGGCGCAGACACAGACUCCCCCGGCGGCAGCAAGGACCCCGAGGACAUCCCCACUUUUGAUGAGUGGAAAAGGAAGAUGAUGGAAGUGGAGAAAGAGAAGACUCUCUCCACUCACACCUCUAACAAUGGAGGGUCUCACUCAGCGAAGAAGGUCCAGAAGAACUUCAAUAACUAUGCCUCAGUAGAGUGUGGGGCCAAGUUGCUCGGUGCUAACCCAGAAGCUAAGAGCACUUCAGCCAUACUCAAGGAGAACAUGGACUUGUACAUGUUAAACCCAUGCAGCACCAAAAUCUGGUUCAUUAUUGAGCUCUGUGAGCCCAUCCAGUUGAAGCAGUUGGACAUUGCUAACUUUGAGCUUUUCUCCUCCACUCCUAAAGACUUUCUCGUCUCCAUCAGCGACCGAUACCCCACAAAUAAGUGGCUAAAGCUGGGAACCUUUCAUGCCAGGGACGAACGCACAGUUCAGAGCUUCCCAUUAGACGAGCAACUUUAUGCUAAAUAUGUGAAGAUGUUCACCAAGUACAUAAAGGUUGAGCUGGUCUCUCACUUUGGUUCUGAACACUUCUGUCCUCUCAGCCUCAUAAGGGUGUUUGGAACGAGUAUGGUGGAAGAGUAUGAGGAGAACGUUUAUCCCCCAGAGAGAGCAGACGAUCAGGACGACGAUCCAGAUUAUCCUCCUGGAAGUGCACCUGGUGAAGACGAGUCCAAGAAUCUGAUUGGAUCAGCUAAAGACGCUAUUUUCAACAUGGUGAAAGAUAUCGCUGUUGUUCUGGGGGCCAAUCAGGAGAUGACCGGCAACCUUUCAUCUCAAGAUGUGAACAUAACUGAACCUUCACAACCACCUGAAACCACCACUGAAACUGUGACUACUCACCUGUCCCCUACUCCAGACGCAGACGACACGCAGGUUUCACCUGACUCUGUCGUCCCUGCAACUGAGACGGCUGCACCAGACACAUCAGCCACUGAUAACUGUGAAGAAAAUCCCCCCCCUGCAGAGACGGAGAUUGUCAUCCCGUUGGGGAAGGACGAGGAAGAACCGAUCAGCUCCACAAUCAUUCUACUGGACAAAGAGGAGGAGGUGGAAGAGGACAAAGACAAAAAGGCUCAACAGAGGUGGCAUCAAGAAAGCCUGAAUUACUGUUCUCCACGUUCGUCCUCCUGUUCCUGUGUGGCUUCCUUUCAGGAGGUUGUCCAGCAGCAGUGUUCAGCUUCCAUGUCCGAAAAGAGGACGUGCCAAAACCCGGACGAAGAUCAAACAGUCGGCUCCAUGCCGACACCCUCCUGGGGCCUGCCCCCCUCUGCCUGCCCUGAGCCUCCCCCACGUGACAGCAAGGCAGAUCAAUCCAAGGAAAAAGAGCCGGCCUCCGAGCCGCAGCCAGAGAGCGACACGAUUGAUGCAGAAGCAGUACCGCCGGAGGGCUCCACGUCUGAGCCCAAUGUUCUGGAGCCCAGUCAGACCCCGAACCUCCCCACCCCCACCCCCACCGAGUCAUCUUCUACCAAAGCCACCCCAGUGGUAGAAACACCAGAGUUGUCCCCUGAGGACCCGAGGCAUGAGCCAGGGCCAGAACAGAGCCAGGACGCGUGGACCGAGGAGAACCUCACGGAGCCUUUAUCGUCUCCCAGCAGCUCCGUGGAAGUGAAACCCAGCGUCAGUGUCUCAGCAGAUGAUGCAUCGGCUGCACCGGCAGACAGGAACCCCAGCAUCGACCCCUCACCGGCAGAACCCAGCGCUUCUGUUCAGUCCCAGGAGAAGGCCGAUCCGGCCCCGCUCUCCUCGUCUGCUCCUCCUGAAAGUCAGGCCGAGCCGCCUGCCGGGCCCGAAAGCGUCCCGAGCUCGUCUGAGGCCCCCCCCACAGACGCGGACGUGGUUGCAGAGCCCGAGCCCGCCGGCGGCCCCGUCACAGACUCUAAAACGGAGGAUCUCACCGAGGAGUUCUCCGAUUCGUCGGGCGGCCACGAUCAGAUGUUCCGCCCCUCCGUUCCGACUAACGCUUCUCCUACGUCAUCGUCUCUCCUAGACAUUUACGCAGAGCCUUUUAAUGGCACCGAGCAGAACGGAAACCAGGUGCACGGUUCUAGCCAGAAGGAGUCGGUGUUCAUGAGGCUUAACAACCGAAUCAAGGCGCUGGAGGUGAACAUGUCUCUUAGUGGGCGCUACUUGGAGCAGCUUAGCCAGAGGUACCGAAAGCAGAUGGAAGAGAUGCAGAGAGCGUUCAACAAAACCAUCAUUAAGCUCCAGAACACAUCCAGAAUAGCAGAGGAGCAGGACCUGCGUCAGACUGAAUCCAUUCAGUUGCUGCAGGGUCAGCUGGAGAACGUGACUCAGCUGGUUCUGAAUCUGUCUGACCAAGUCAUCCAGCUGCAGCAUGAGGUGUCUGACCGGCAGAAUUACCUGCUGCUCUCUCUGGUGCUGUGCUUGUGUCUCGGCCUUUUGCUGUGCGUCAACCACUUCCGCAUCACUCUUCCUCCGACCACAGAUCACGAACCACCCAACAGCAAGAGUCCUGCCUACUGCAGUCCUCAAAGAGCCUUUUCUUCCAGAGAUGAGAUGGGCUUGAAAAGGAGUGCAUCUUAUCCUCUUAUAAACUCCGAGACCUUUCACUUUACCAACGGUGAAGGCCCAGAAAUGCUGCAUGCCGAGGAGAAGCACAGCCUUUGUCCAGUGAACAGAAAGAGGAGACGGCGUAAGCUGAAACCUCCGGACGAGGUGGAGACGCUGAAGCCCUGUUUUCACUCUGCUCCUGAACUGUGUAACGGAGGCGUUGGACGCAACGACGGACCCGUCCCCGCCAACACCGCGCCUCUUAUAAAACAGUUACUCCAGCCGGCGUUCAGAGACUCGCCGUCGGAGGGAAGCUCCGAAGGAUCCUCCCAUUCUGACGAAGCCUAUUUCUGUGGCAUCACAACAGCGUGCUCCAGAAUGUGCGACGGGCUUCCUCCGGUUAAAACCCGGGCAGAAAAACGGGCCCUAAGACGCAGGCGUCUUAAGCCCAGCUGCGCCGUGGUGGACUUGCUUCACGCUCCUCGGAGGGACAAGAACGAUCCAAUGCCUGUUACUAUACAGGACAUCAUGAUCAGAAAGACGCAGCACAGCUCUGGCCCAUUUGUCCCAAUCCCAGGUUCAGUCUGACUCUAAGAGAGACUCUGAUGCUAAGUUUGAUUUUAGUCGCCCAUGGCAGCUCCAACCUUCAUCGGACAAUCUGUUGAUUCUUUUUAGUAUAAAUAAUGUUCUGUUCAUAUCCUCGGUUCAGCUUUUGUCAGUUUCUACUUGCUAUAAUUGAGGUACUCCUUCCAGCUCUCCAUUAAAGCAUUGUUGUUGUUGUUUUAUGACAA